CCCCCGUGAGCGAUGACUGUCACCUACACGGCCCGCGUGGCCAACGCGCGCUUCGGCGGCUUCUCCAAGCUGCUCCUGCUCUGGCGGGGCAGCAUCUACAAGCUGCUGUGGCGGGAGCUCGCCUGCUUCCUGGGCCUCUACAUGGCUCUGAGCGCCGCCUACCGCUUCGUGCUGGUCCCCGAGCAGAAGCGCUACUUCGAGAAGCUGGUCAUCUACUGCGACCAGUACGCCAGCCUCAUCCCCGUGUCCUUCGUGCUCGGCUUCUACGUGACGCUGGUGGUGAACCGCUGGUGGAACCAAUAUCUAUGCAUGCCGCUGCCCGACUCGCUCAUGUGCGUGGUGGCGGGCACGGUGCACGGGCGCGACGAGCGGGGCCGCCUGUACCGCCGCACGCUGCUGCGCUACGCGGGGCUGUCGGCCGUGCUCAUCCUGCGCUCGGUCAGCACCGCGGUCUUCAAGCGAUUCCCCACCAUGGACCACGUGGUGGAGGCAGGCUUCAUGACCCGCGAGGAGCGCAAGAAGUUCGAGAACCUGAAUUCGUCCUACAAUAAAUACUGGGUGCCCUGCGUCUGGUUCUCCAACCUGGCGGCGCAGGCUCGACGGGAGGGGCGCAUCCGCGACAAUAGCGCCCUCAAACUGCUGUUGGAGGAGCUGACAGUGUUUCGUGGUAAAUGUGGGAUGCUGUUUCACUACGACUGGAUCAGUGUACCCCUCGUCUAUACCCAGGUGGUGACCAUUGCAGUGUACAGCUACUUCCUGGCCUGCCUGGUGGGCCGCCAGUUCCUGGACCCGGCGCAGGGCUACGCCGGCCACGACCUGGACCUGUGUGUGCCCAUCUUCACGCUGCUGCAGUUCUUCUUCUACGCCGGCUGGCUCAAGGUCGCCGAGCAACUCAUCAACCCCUUUGGAGAGGACGACGAUGACUUUGAGACCAAUUUUCUCAUAGACCGGAACUUCCAGGUGUCCAUGCUGGCGGUAGACGAGAUGUACGAUGACCUGGCCUUGCUGGAGAAAGAUCUGUACUGGGACUCGGCUGAGGCCCGGGCGCCUUACACGGCGGCCACGGCUUUCCUGCUGCAGCAGCCGUCCUUCCAGGGCUCCACCUUCGACAUCACGCUGGCCAAGGAGGACAUGCAGUUCCAGCGGCUGGACGGCGGGGACGUGCGUCUGGGCGAGGCCCCCGGGGAUUUCCUGCAGCGCCUCCUGCCGGCGGCCCACGGCGGGGCGGCCGGGAUGCUGGGCCGGCGCCUGUCGCUGCUGCGCACGCGCAAGAACAGCUGCGUGUCGGAGGCCUCUAGCUGCGCAUGCGCGCCCGACGGGGCGGCCCCGGACUUCGCGGACCAGCUGCCGGAUUUCCCGGAGCCCGAGCUGCCUCCCGCCCCCGAUCCUUUCGGCACCCCGGCGCCCCUACCCGCUCCCCGGGGGCCCGCACCGCCCUGGCUACCCAGCCCCAUCGGGGAGGAGGAGGAGGCUCUCAGCUGAGCCGCUCUGACCUGGCAUCUCCGACGGCAGGAACCACCUCCUAUCCUGGAGGCAGGAGGAGGAAGGGGGUGCCCUGGGUCUGGCAGGAACUACCGGUGCUGAGUGAAAC